UGGCCACUCAUAUUUCUGCCUGAUGCCAUCCAUACUAUACAGACCUUGAUGAUGUUUCAAGAGGAGCUAAGAUAAAAAUCAACUACUUUAUGAUUUUUGGCCAAAGAAUGUACAGAUGAACAUCAAUGAUGAAUGAGUUUAAGUUGCAGUUGAAAGGAUUAAUUGCAACAUUAGAGAAACUGCCAAGUAGUCAGCAAAGGGAGGCCAUAGACAUCUUGCAACUAACAAUAAACCACCAGUUCCAUGGCACACAAGCUAAUGAAGAUGCUUCUGCUACCAGCUCAGCAGACUUCAGUAUACCCAGAGAUAUUCACAGUCAGCAAUCUCUCUCUCUGGGCAGGGAGAAAUUGCAGGGAUCACAGGAUGUCAUUGGACUGAAGGCACCAAACGUGCAUCAGCAAAAUAUAAGUGAAGGGAGACUACAUGGGGUUCAUCAGCAAAAUGUCAUUGAAUCUGAGGAAAUCCUAUCUGAGUCAGAACAGUCAAGUCUGAAGAAGGUGAUUCUACCACUGCCGCAUCAGCAGAAUUCUGUUAAGGAUCAUUCACACGAACUACAUAGUCAGUCACUGGAAGUAAUACUACCACAGGAUUUGAAUGUGCCAAGAACACCAGACCACUCAUUAAUAUCAUUAGAACCAUUCCCUCAAGCACACACUUCUGACCUUGGUACUGUUCACAGUUCCUUGCACCAUAGUGUAGAUACUCAUACUGUCCAGUGCUUGCAGCAAUCCUCUGGGGUUUUAUCUCAGCAGACUGAAAAUUUAACAGAAGAAUUGGAGACAUUUGACAGAGCACAGCAGGCAGCAGCUAAAAGAAAUAGAUUACAGGAAGUAGUUGAAAUUGUAUCACAAGAAAUAGCUACAUACAGAAGCCAGGAGAAACUGGGAAAUGAAACACAAGACUCAUCAGAAUUAGAGUCACUGCUUCAUCAGCAUGAAGAGUUAGGGAGAGAAAUGUUACAGGAACAAGAUAAUACACAAGACUUUCCUGGAAACCAAAAUGUGAAUAGUCCAGAAAACCAAUUUCAUGCAAGUCAUUUAAGAAAUGAGAAUGUGAAAGCAACAGACACAGUUACUCAGGAUGACAUUGUGACAGAGAAAGAUACUAUACCUUCCUCAAGUUUUAUUACAGAGAAUGAAGGAGGGAGUAUGUUUUCAGAGCAAGAAUCAUAUGCAUUUAAUUUCAAGUUAGAAUCAGAAAGAAAUAGUUGCACAGACCUUCAGUAUAGCAGUUGCAGUUUACCCAGAAAACAUGUGGAAGAGAUUACAUCAGGAUCAUAUUUUAGCAGUCAGGAAGUGGAUAAAGAAGGUCAUGUUGUCAGUCAGGAGCAGGAGUUAGUCAGUCUUGAUCAUGUUGAGAAUGUUGUAGAUCCCGAAAAGAACAAGAUUGCAAUCAAUGAGCAAGAAGAACCAAACACCACAAUAGCUAGUGGUACAGAAGGAGAAAAAGGUGAUGAGAAAGACAGCGCAUCACCUCCAGUAGAACGCAGGUCUCUCAGAAAGCGAAAAUGCAGAAAGAAAUACUGUACUGAUACUGUCAAAGAAAAGAAAUCUAAAAGAAGUGGUAUUGACUCUACAGUACAAAAAAGAGAUCAAGUACACAGUUCAAAGAGAUUACCUGAAUCAGCAUUGGAAAAAGAAAACAAGGAAAACCAGUAUGAGAAAACAGCGCAUAAGAAUACCAAAGGAAAAGAACCUGUCAGUUUGAACCCAAGCUCUAGUAGUGAGGUACUUUCAUCUGCAAAUAUUAGCCAGGAAACUCAGAAUGAAAUUAGCUGUGAACAAACCAAAGAAUCAGCAGUGGACCAAAGUCAGACACAGAACACAGCUGAUAAGCAAGCCAAGUCACUUCAGUCAGACUCUAGUACAACUACACUGACUGAGCUAAGGAAUGAGUGUGAUGGUUCAUGGCCUCCCACACUGAGACCAGUUUCCUGUCGGAGUUGCAAGAAGGAAUUGCCAGACGAGUCUCUGUUCUCAGUGCACCUAAGACAGUGUGAGGGACACCUGGUCUGCAACUAUUGCCAUGCUAGAUUUGUACACAAGGUAACAUUUUCUAGACAUAUAGAGGGACACAAAAGAAAUGUAUGCAGCAAGUGCCCACAGAGUUUCUGCAGUCACAAGAAGCUAAAACACCACAUGAAAGUGGAGCACAACUUUGAUCUGGUGACAAAAACAUACCCUUGCCAGUUUUGUACCCGAAUUUUUCUCAAGAGAUUUUCUCUCUACUAUCAUCUCAAGAUUCAUGCUUCAGAGUCUGAGAUUGUGUGUCAGAAGUGUGGGGUAUUCUGUCAAGGUAAUGAGAAUUUCAAAGCACACAUGGCAGAGCAUGUAAAAGCAACAGAUUUCCACUGCCAUAUCUGCACUGCCAGCUUCCGACGUCGCCAGCAGUACAAUGAUCACCUUAAGCUACACAAAAAAUACACCUGUGAAUUGUGUGGGCAACCCUUAACCACCAAACGAGCAUUGGUUCGUCACUGUCGCCAGGAGCACAAGACCUUACCCCGAAACAUCAAGGCAGAGCAAGAAUACAAAUGCGACAAGUGCGAUCGUGUAUUUCAGAGACCAUCAAUUCUUCAGAAUCAUCUCCAGCUUCAUAAAGGUGUAAAACCCUUGGAAUGUAAGCUGUGCAAUAAAAAGUUCAGCCACCAGCGUGGGCUCCGCAAACACAUGACAGGAGUUAUUCAUGAACACAUGCUUCUUACAAACAACUUGCAAAAGGACCAUGCCUAUGAUGUGAAGCAGAAUUUGGCUUUUACCUGUGAGUAUUGUGGCAUCAAGUUGCCAUCCAGAAACAUGCUUUUGAAGCAUAGCCGAGUUGCUCACAAAGUGGGAAUUACGUGGACUUGCCCUCACUGUGACUACAAGACAAAGAGAAAUUAUGCACUGAAGAGACACAUGGAACUACACUUAGAAAGUAGGAAUUUCAUGUGUGAAGUUUGUGGUAGUUCUUUCCAUGCACUCGGCACACUGAAAGAUCAUUACAAGUUCAUGCAUUCAGAUGAACGAAACUUCAAGUGUACAGAAUGUAGCAAAACCUUCAAGAACAAGUCCUCUUUGGCACGUCAUCAUCACACACAUUCAGAUAACCGGCCAUAUCAGUGUCAUUGUGGAACAAGUUACAAGCGUCUCUCUCACCUUAAGAGGCACAUGUUAUCAGCACAUGAUGAAACCUUAAAAUCCAGACUUACUAAAAAGUUCAGACGGGUAGAGGACAUGGAGGCAAGUAAGGGGAAGUUAACAGAGGGCCAGGAGACUGCCCCUUCCACAGAGUUUUCAGAAGGGGAAGAUUUUGAGUUUGUGGAUGUGUCAAACUCGUCAUUGUCUCCUGUAAUUCAGACAGUUCAAACUACAGUCAAGGACACAUCAGAUAUCUUGCUACCUGCACAAGAGAGUAUAAUUCUAAUGGGUGAGAACUCCAACUCUGAACAGAGCCAGCUUAUCACUGUUGGAGAUUCCCAGAUUAUUCAGUUAAUACCAUCAACCUUUCAGUUCCCUCAAGAAAGUACUUUUCAAACAGUGUCUUUGGUAUCAGCCAGUGAACUGCAUACCUUGCCUCUCUCCUCAGCAGCUCCUUAUGGACAUGUUGGUCAUAGCAGCCAAGUGGUUGUAGAGCCUUUUAACUUGUCACAGAACUCUGAGACUAUGGUAAUGGUGCCUACUUCACCCGAUAAUGAUCCGCUUGAGUCAACAUUGAGAACCCUGGAGAAUGAGGGCCUGGUAGACACAACACAGACAGUGAGACCCGUCGAAAAGCAUGAUGCCAAAGAUAUCAGUCUUCAUUCUCUCACAAAUCCUGGAGAACUAACCAUGACUUCCAAUCUUCACACAUUUGACUAUACAGAAACACCUUCUUCCCAGUCUUUGUUACCCACGCUUCCUCCCGCACACUACAUAACUCACAGUCAUGCAUCAAACUCUCAAAUAGGUCAGGAAUUACUGCAGCAAAAUCUUAUAUGCUCAGAGUUUGUGCUUCCAGUGGAUAAUGAUAGAUAAUGAUGUACUCAAGUUAAAUAAAUAUGUAAUAUAAUAAA